UUUCCCUCUGGAUUAUUUUUUCUCUUCCGUCCCCAAGCCCACCCUCCCUUUCUCGUCAUCCCUCUCCUGCCGUUUUUCUUUCGGGAAUGAGAAACAAGAAGGGUGUCGCUGAUAGGCUGUGCUCUCCGUCAAACAUCCCUGCCGCCCUCUCCGGGAUGUGAGUGGAGGUGUAACCGAGGCUUCCGCUCUCGCGUUUGGCAUCCGUGUUUGCUUUUUAAGAUCCAGGUUUCUGUUUGUUUCUGUUUUUAAGAUUCAGGCGGCGUGGACGACAGAGGGAAUCCUGGAUGUUUUACAGCCUUUUGCUCCAGCUGGUAGAGGAGAAAAAAAGGUUCACGCUGACCUGCAGCAGUUGCUUCCUGUGAAAGGGGAGAAAUACCGGACACUGUUCUGGGAUUAUUUUUGCGUGCUGCGUCCUGAAAAGGCUUCUCAAACAAUCAGUAGGCAUCUGAGAAGAGAAUUGAAGAAGUCGUGAGAUUUUUUUUUCUUCAGUCAGUGCCGAGCACAUCACCCUGGGAUCUUUUGUCCUCAUGGCAUGGAUACAUUGCUAAAUUUAUCAAAUUCUGAAUACUUCAGCUGCCAAAAUGAAGUGCUUUGUUGUUUUUAGGUAUGCUUACUUCUAGGCAGCAUUCUGGCUGAGUCAUAGGCAUAACCAGUUUUGUUAACUGGAUCCAGGUUAAAUGUGGCCUGACUCACUGUGUAGACAUUGCUGAAAAGUUUCAUGGCAGAUAUUUUUUCCCCCUUACUUUAUUUUUUAGAUUUUUUGACAUAACCUUCUUCCAUUUUGCAGUGAGACCCAUUUUCUAAAUGAAGAAUCUAACAGACGUUUGUUUAUCAUUUUUUCCUUUAUACUUUAUGUAGUAUUUUUGCUGAAAAAUGUUGUUGCCAAUAAGCAGUAUGGAGGUAUCCAGAUAGCUGUUGUUUACAAACGCCUCUGUUACCUGAAGCUGGGAAAUGUUCUACGGUUCGUAUGUGAAAGUUGGAUUUUUGGCUUCACAGUUUGUGGUGUAAAACGUGUAUAUAUUUUACCUGGAGCCGAUGCCUCUUACAGUGAUAUUUACAUGGAAUAGACAAGACAAAAAGCUGUCAGAGACAAGAAAAGAUUUUUAAAACAGACCGUUGGCAAACUUUGUAAAUAGCCUCGUUGAAUCUGUAAAAAGAAGGAUGGAUAGCUGAUUUCUGUGAGGUCAAAUUUAUGUCAGAGUGCUACGAAUGUAGUAUCAACGGGAACUCGGGAUAUUAUCUCAAGGAAAACAAACUGGAAAAAUACAGAUCUCACAGUGCUAACACCUUGUGUCGUCCUCUUGAAUUAGGUUUGCAUUCAGCUGAGCUGCUACUGCCUUAAAGAAAAUUAAGAUGAACAGAGCAACUUAAUUCAAAAGGACUUGCCAUGAGGUGCUAAGCCUUUUUCCAUUGAUUCAAUGAGACUGGACCUAAAUGGCGCAGCAUGACUUUGCUCCAGCCUGGCUUAAUUUUCCUACUCCACCAUCAUCAACAAAGUCAUCGCUGAAUUUUGAGAAACAUUCUGAAAAUUUUUCGUGGACAGAGAAUCGUUAUGAGGCAAAUCGCAGAAGACACAACUCUUCGGAGGGGUUUGAUCCUAACAUUGGGCAGCCUAAUGGAGGGCAUUUUGGGAGAAAAGAGAGGAGUGAUUGGCGUUCCCAAGUCAGAAAUGGUCCAGAAAAUAUAAACCAUCGUGGGGGAUACCAUGGCGGAAGUUCCUGUACUCGUACCAGCGCUUUCCAUUGUGGAAAAGGGCAAGGACUGCAUGACCAUAUCAGUGUACCUGAUAAUGAAACCCGCAAAAAGGAAGACAAAGAAGUACCCAACCAGUUUGAGGCUGAGGAUUUUCCAUCUUUAAACCCUGAAUAUGAGAAGGAACCAAACCAGAUUAAAUCUUUAGCUGCAGGUGUGUGGGAGUAUCCUUUGAAUCCUAAAUCUAGGUCUCAGAGAAUGCUGGUCAUUAAAAAGGGUAAUACGAAAGAACUGCGUAUAUCUGGAUUCCCAGCAGUGGGAAAUCUUCAUUCACAGCUAGUGAGGAAUGGAAGUGGCACAAGUAUUUAUAAAGGAUUAGUCCCCAAGCCUGUCAUUCCACCUGCAAAGCCCACACAGUGGAAAAGCCAAGCAAAAGAAAAUAAACUUGGGAAUGCGUUUCCUCCCGAAUCUGCAUAUGGUGUUGGCAAUUUCAGUCCUUUCAAAUCAACUCUCAAGGCAUUUGCUGUAACACAAAAUUCAGUGAAAGAGUGUAAUCGGUCAAAUUCUUCAUCCCCUAUUGACAAAUCUGGUCAGCCUCGUUUAACAAAAUUGACAAGAAUGCGAAGUGAUAAGAAGAGUGAAUUUCUGAAGGCAUUGAAACGAGAUAGAAUGAAAGAGGAACGUGAAGAUGAGAAUCAUGAUGUGCAGAAGGAUGAUGAGUCCUUUAACUUGCGUAACAGCAACAGUCAUCAUGAGAGAGAUAUAAACCGAAACUUUGAAAAUGAAAUUCCACAGGAGAAUGGCAAUGCUUCAAUUACACCUCAACAGAUCAUUCAGUCUUCAACUUUUCCUCAGGCAAAUGUUCUUUCAAGCUCACUUGAGGCAGAGCAUAGGUUGUUAAAGGAGAUGGGCUGGCAGGAAGACAGUGAAAAUGAUGAGACAUGUGCCCCACUAACAGAGGAUGAGAUGAGGGAGUUCCAAGUCAUUAGUGAACAGUUACAAAAAAAUGGCCUUCGGAAAAAUGGCAUUUUGAAAAAUGGCCUCAUCUGUAAUUUUAAAUUUAGCCCCUGGAAAAACAACACUUUCAAACCUGCUCUGGAGAAUGAGGAUUCUGAGACGAGCAGCAGUGAUACAUCAGAUGAUGAUGAUGUAUGAAGACUUAUGUAACACCUGUAGAAGCCCGUUUUUUCCUCAUGGAGACUGGGGAUGUGUUAUCCAAAAAAAAAUAAUUCUAAUUUAUGUAAUAACAUGCCCAGUAGAGAACGAAUGAUGGGACUUUCCUCUGAAGGAAGCUAAGAAUGUUUUGUUAGGUGUGUUGAAAAUCACUAUAAUUUAUCUGUAAACAGAUGUUGUAGAAUGAGGUGUUGGGUUGACCCAGCAUUGACUUUCAUCACUGAAACAUUUCUGACUAGCAAUGUGACAAUGAUAUAAAUCAGACUUUCUCAAUUAAUAAUAAAAGCGAAGAAUUGUGUAAUGUCUUGCAAAGCUUCUGUCUUAAAAUGUCUGAGAAAAAAAGGGCAGCUCGACACAGCGUUUUGCUUGCCAGCUCAUUUCUUUCUUACAGUGGAAAUCAUUGAGUCCACUCUGUACGCAAAAAGGGCAAUGUAGCAUGUUGGCUCAAAUGAGCAAAGUGCACUAAACCUCUUUUCCUUAACUGAGCUGUUGAACUGUUCUACUUCCACAAAUAACUGCUCUUUAGCCACUUGUAGUGUCGUUGUUGUUAUUAAUGGCAAAGGACCCUGAUGUUACAGUUCCAAAUUUUUAGAAUUCACCUUUGAAUUGAAAGCUUUAAAGAGUAUUGCAAGACCCUUAUUCUCACAGUGAAAACAUUUCUUAUGGGAAAACAGCGUGAUUUUACUAUUCAACAUGCAGAAAAAUCAUUACACUGACUGGAUUUGUCCACUACAUGGGAAAUAAACUGAUUUACAGAGUGUUGUCUC